AUGGGACAGAACAGGCUUUUUUUCUGGACUGGUCGGUACCGAAAUUCUCAAGGGACGACAAGGACGAAGAAGAAGUCGGGUUUGAAAUCAAACCGCCGAUACCUUCUCAGUUCGUUAGCCUUGCAGAUGACUGCAAAUGCCGGUUCCGAUGACCUUCACUUUUGCCGAGAAUCCUUUUUACCAAGAAACGAAGCGGGACCCUCAUGCAUGCAUGCUGUUAUGCGUCUCCAAGACAAACAUGAAGACGAGGAGCUUGCUUCAGGUUACCAAGUUUUCAGUUUUCUAUUAUUGUGGUUCAGCGGUCGAUACCCAAGUCUGCAAUGGGCGCUUCAGGUAAGCAACUGGGUAAAGCUCAGGUCCAGAGAAUGGAAAAGGGACGCAGCCAACUGA